AUGGCAGAACCAACGCUGAACCAAUAUGGUCGGAGAUCUUGGAAUAAAGAGGAAUAUGCUAAAGCAGCACUAGACAGGAAGAGGAAGCUGAAGGAAGCAAAAUUAAAUCCUCCUAAGGAUCGUGACAUUGAUGAUUACAUAAAAGAAAGAAAGGAAAUCCUACUAAAGGCAGAUACUUUGAACAGAAUAAGUCUAAUAUCCGCGGAUCAAGCAACAGUCAGUAAACGGGGGAAAAAUGCCGGAUUCUACUGUGAAUACUGUAACCUUACUUACAAGGAUAAUCUCCAGUUCAUUGAUCAUCUGAACAGUAAACCUCACCUGGUCAAGGCUGGCUUUGGUACCAAUAAUAAUUCUUCAAAAGAAAUCACCUUGGAAAUGAUAAAGCAGAGAAUAGAACAGCUCAAUAUCAAAAGGAGUGAGAAUAUGUUUGAAUCUGAAGAUGUUCAAUUGAAUGUUAGAGAAAUGAUUGCUAAGAGAAAGGCCUUGGAAGAAGAGGAGACCAAGAGAAAAAAAGAAAGGCGUCGUAUCAAAAGGCAGAAAAAGGCCCAAGAAGUAGAACAUGUUUUUGGCUUCAAAAGCACAAAACAAACCUAG